GGGGUGGGUGUGGGCUUGGGGGUGCUCUGGGGCCGACAGCUGGCGGGGUACUGGGGGCGAAGUGAGGAGAUGGGCCGCUGAGGGGGCUGAGGAAUGAAGCCUUAGGGGGUCCCUGUGGGGCUCGGAGUGUCUGUGGGGCACUCUUGAGAGGCUCAGGGUGUGCUGGGGGGUGUCUCCGCGGAGGCUCAGGAGGGGGUUGAGGGUCUCCUGUGAGGCUUAGGGUGCGUUUGGGGGUCACCGCUGGGACCCAGGAUGGGUUUGGGGGGAGUCCCCUGUGAGUCCCCGGUGUCACCCGCAUGUGAGCCUCUGGGGCAGUCUGGGGGUGUCACGGACAUGGCGGGGGCGUGUGGGUGGGUCAGGGGUGCCCGGGUGACCCCCCCGUGUCGCAGCCAUGGAUUCGGGCGCGGGGGCGCGGAAGGAGCGGCCGAAGCCACGGGAGCCAGCGGCUCUGGGGAGGGACACGGCCCAGCCCGCGGCCAGACCCCCUUUGCCAUCUGCCCUUUCCCGAUCCCAGAUCUAUGCCCUGAACCGGGUGAUGACAGAGCUGGAGCAGCAGCAGUUCGACUCCUUCUGCAAGCAGAUGCAGGGAUCCGGGGAAUGACAGCCCAGCCCCUGCCCUACU